AUGGCUUUUAAUAUCGAUAGUAUUCUUGGGUUUCCCUCCAGUCUUGCCGUUACCAAAAAGGGUAUCAGAGUAUGCUUUGUUCCUGCAUACCAGCGCAACAUUGAUUCAGAUUUGCAUAUUCAGGCCUCGUUUACCCCAUGCGGAACCAAUGCAACUGGACAGCCACAACCUCAAUCAAUUCCUGUCCACAAGGUUCCGCAUUUGCACUUAGGUCACCUGUAUGGUCAUGAUGAUUAUGCAUUAUAUAUAAUGUUUCCAAACUUAAUUGAGGAAACAGGGGGAUCCAACCACCUCACUGGGUAUGAGAUUAAACGGUUUAUGGACAACAUAUUACUGGAGGCAAUACAUGAUAUAUGUCCUAUGUCACUUGUUCAACAUCUCCGGGAACCUAUGAACAAGCUCAACUUGAAAGUAGAAUCCCUGACACGGGCAUUGCUGGAGGUGCUAGCUGCAGAAGUGACCGGCAAAAACAAUUCUUUCACACUAUUCCUGCACUCUACUUGGGACCCAUCUGGGAUAAGAUUUUAGUUCUUGUCCAGAUUCUGGGGCCAUGUGACUUUGGUGAACUGCAGCUCUUCCUUAAUGCGAAAAAUCUCAAGUUGGGAACGAGUAGCAGCAAUUCAGAUUCAAUGAUUACGGAUUUCCUGGCAUCAUGGAAUAGCUGUUGUGAUAUGGAUUUGAUAGCCAAGGACCAACUGUGAAUAGAUAUUGCUAGUGAGUUGGUUCAUGACAAAAGUGUGUCCUCCUCAGCACUGCUAGAUGUUUCGGGAGCUGGCUCAGGCUGCGAGACUAAUUACUAUAUGUUUUUCUGGCGGCAAUGCUGCUUGCGCGGCCUUGAGGCUGCCUUUCAGGACCUAUUUCCGGGUGAUAGGCAUCGUCGUUCUUACUAUACUCAAAGCCUCGCCCGUGAUUUAAUUAAUAUGACCAUUGAGCCCGGCCAACGAUAUACCGCGCGGGUGCAAGGCCUUGCAUAUUCUCAAUUCUACUCCUGCAGUAAGGAAAUUUUUGACUAUGGUAAGGUGAAUCUAUUGAAUGUCCGGUACUCCAAAUCUUAGCUGUUGAUACCAACCUGCGUGAUAUCUGGAAAAAUCUUGCCAAGCAGAGCCGAUUCAACCUAUCGAAAAUAGAACGUGAAUAUGCAACUUCUCAAGCCCUGGCAAUGGCUAGAUUAUGUGCAGCAGAAGAGAACUCCUUUCAAGUCGAACAGGAACAUCGAAUUACCUACAAUCUCUUCCUCCUGGUACUUGAGCACCUGCGCCUACAACAGCCUGCAUUGCCUGACUUUGUUCACCAUCAGCCCUCGUUGAAUCCACUCCCACACGCUGUUAUUUUAAUUUCUAGUCAUGAGAUGUCUUUGUUUUUCCUCAGCAACGUAAACAAAUUUUGUUUUGCCUUUGAAUACAUUCUAAGCAAGAGUUAGAUAAAGGGGAUAGAUUGGAAGAAUACCCGUUUCAUGAUCAUGUUUCUCUGGUUAAUGAGACUAGCAGUCAGAGGAGGAAACUUGCAACAAUUUCCAGCCUUGGCACGACCUUUUUCAUCUGGUUCCGCGGUUCAUCUUCUGACCUCAGGCCUGGGCCUAUGCGAUACAUUGUUGAGGCGCAGAUAUGCCUUUCUUCCUCCAAACCUAAUUGACUGGGUGACUUUACAGUUUAAUUCAAGGGUAGCAAAUAAGCAGUUAUUUUCUAUUCCUUGGAUCAAGGGCCUGUAUAAGUCA